AUGAAAAGCACAACUCUAGACUUCAAUUGGGUUAAAGAUGUAUGGAGAAGCGUGUGCUCACCGAAACUGCGUUUCUUCCUUUGGUCGACAAUCGAUGAUGCUCUACCUAUCGGCAAAAACCUGAGGAAAAGAAGAAUGGUAUCAGCAACCCAAUGCCCUAGAUACAAUGAACUAGAGACGAAAAUACAUAUCUUCUUUACCUGUCCUUUUGCGGCGGAUGUUUGGAAACUCAUCCCAACAACGAAAGAGAUUCAAGUGGAUGCAGAUAUGGAGUUCACAGAGGCCCUGAUAAAGUUCAGAGGAACUAUCUGUUUACCUCCGACAGGUAUCGUGGGAGCCAUACUCCCAUGGAUUCUCUGGUCGCUAUGGACCUCACGAAACAAGCUCAUCUUCGAAAAUAGGAGAACGACACCUGUGGAGACAGCAACCAAAGGGCUCUGUCUAGCCCUUGAAUGGAACCAAGCACAAGGAAAAGAGAGCAAGCGCGAGAUAGUACCAGAGAUAUCUCGGGAUCGACAUCCCAGAGCUUCAAUCUCCCUCACGCAUGAUAGAACCAUCGCAUGCAAAACAGAUGCAGCCUGGGAUAAGAAUCGCAAAUCGGCGGGUCUCGCCUGGAACUUCUCGGGUCCAGAACUAGAGUCUACAAUAGGCGAAUCGAUCACGCAGGAUUUCGUAGCUUUACCUCUCAUCGCCGAAGUUUUGGCAGUGAUGGCAGCACUUGGAGCGGCAAAGGAUCGCGGCUUCACCUUUCUCAAUGUCUUCUCAGAUAGUUUAACGCUCAUCGGAGCAAUUAACGGUAAGAACCAACGCAAAGAGUUGAUCGGAAUCAUCACCGAUAUCCGAUCAAUCUCAACUGAUUUCACCAAUCUUUCGUUUUCUUUUUUCUCUAGAUCGAAAAACUCUCUCUCUGAUUCUCUAGCCAAAACGGCUCUCCGUGGAUCUGUAUCGACCCCUGUAAUGGGCUGA